AUGACGAGGCGAUCGGGUCCGUUACGUGUAUUCUUUGAAGGGAGCCACAAGGGACGAGUAAAGAUAAACGCCUUUGCUGGAGAAAAUGCCGACGGAAAUAUCCUCCUGGAAUUUGAAGAAUGCCAAGGAAGCAAACGUGUUGAUUCACGUUCUGCUGUGACCCUCGAGAGAUUCAAGAUCCCACACCAGCGUAACAUUAGGGUUUCCUGUUUGAGCCAGACCGGCAGAAUUUUGGAUGAAUGGUGUUGGAUUUCCGAUGAACGCGCUUCUCAUAGGAUGCACCAAGCGCCUCUGCUGAAGGGUCCUGAGUCCUCUGUCCGGCCUGUCCGUAGUCGGUCGCAUCAGGACGAGGGAUUCCCUUUUCUUUGCAGAUCAAAUUUCGUUGAUCGGCGACCGCGCUAA